AGCAAAAAGGGGAAAGACCCCAACGCUCCCAAGCGGCCAAUGUCGGCUUACAUGCUCUGGCUGAACGCCAACCGUGAGAAGAUCAAGUCAGACCAUCCUGGCAUCAGCAUCACAGACUUGUCCAAGAAGGCUGGGGAGCUCUGGAAAGCCAUGUCCAAGGAGAAGAAGGAGGAAUGGGAUCGCAAGGCGGAAGACGCCAGGAGGGACUACGAGAAGGCCAUGAAGGAGUACAGCGUGGGCAGCAAGUCGGAGAGCGCCAAGACGGAGAGGUCUAAAAAGAAGAAGAAGAAGCAGGAGAAGCAGAUGAGGGGGAAAGUGGAGAAGAAAGGUGCCUCCUCCAAGUCUUUGUCCUCCACCAAGUCCCCGGCCAAGAAUAUGAGCGAGAGCUUCAAGAGCAAGGAAUUUGUCUCCAGCGAUGAGAGCUCCUCCGGAGACAACAAGAAGGAG